UUUUAAAAUUGGGCAUUAUCUGCAAAUUUCACUAUAAAUACUCUGAGAAAAGGCAUUAUAUGUGCGAAACCUUACAUACAUGCAUUGAACGCUUGACUUCACGCAAGACAGAUAGUAAGUAACCAAUCAGAUGCUAGUAUUAACGAAUGUCUAAUUAACUAGCUUGGAAUCCUUAGCAGAUAAUGCCUUGUUUGUAACUGCUUUAUUUCGAAGAAUACUCUGAGAAAGUGCAUUAUCUGCUUUAUAUUUUACUACGUUUAUUAAUAAUUCUGCCACUAAUGUGAUUCUUGUGCCGAAAUGAAGCAAGUUACAGCGCAAUACCUUUUUAGAAAUCUUUUAGAAGAGGGUGUAAUACUAGGCAGAAACAAUGAAAAUGACAAUGAUGAGCCAAUGGACACCCCAAGCGAUAAAGAACCUACAGUAAAAAGCAUGAGUCCAAACUCAAAAGUUAUCAACUGGCUUGCAGGGCAACCACGUGGUAAACCAAAAAUGGACAGAAACAAUUUUCGCCACCGAGAUCAUGCUCCACUUCGAGGAAGGGAGGCUCGAGUAUUAAGACAGAUUCAUUUGAAUUCUCCUGAAAGGGUGGACACAGAAGCCGAAAGUCCACGUAGACAUUCGAGGAAAGAGAUGGUCCCCCGAAGACUAUUCUUUUAACUCCGACAACAAGCUUUGCAGAUGGACAGCAGGAUAGAGAAUGAUGACGUGAUGAGAAUGGAUAAUGGCUUGGAGAAUGGUGACCGAGGAGAGAAUGAUGACGCGAUGGAGAGGAAUAUCAGGACAGAGAAUGAUGGUCGGGUAGAGAAUAAUGACGCGAUGGAAAUGGAUGACCAGGUAGAGAAUGGUGACGCAAUAGAGAUGGAUGGCCUGAUGGAGAAUGAUAGCAGAGUGGAGAAUGAUGCGAUGGAGAUUAACGACCGGGAAGAAAACGAUGACGCGACGGAGAUGGAUGACCGGGCAGACAUAGAUGGCAAGGUGGAGACAGAAGGUGGAGAUAAGAUCGAAAACCAAGGUGCGCCGAUCGGCAACAAAGACGACAAAAGGUACUUUUUUAAAUACAAAUUUUAAUUUCACA